CUGCUCACACAAAUGUUGCUGUCGACAAUCUCCUCGCGGGACUUCGUGCGAAAGGUGUCAAGGCUCUACGUAUCGGUUCUGCGGACAAAGUACCCGUGACGAUGCUGCAGUACACUUACGACAUGAUGGCGGAAAAUCAUCCAAUCUACAAUACAAUGCAAUCUUUUGAACAGGAACGAGCCCGGAUCUAUGAGCAGAUCGACGCUGGCAAGCUUGACUUUGGUGCUCAUCGAAGGGGAAAGGAAUUGCUGGCCAAGAUUACCAGAUUGAAACAGGCUAUAGCUCAGGACGUUUUGGCGGACGCCGACGUUAUCUGCACGACCUGCCUUUCUGCUGCCGGGUCUCGAAUUCUUGGACAGAUUGAUUUUCCUAUCGUCUUUUUGGACGAAGCUAGUAUGGCGACUGAGCCUCUUUCUCUGAUUCCAUUCAUGAAAGGGGUAAGCGGUAGCAUUUCGUGCCGCCCCGCUUGUGCUGAUCGGUGUCUAAAGUCUUCUCAAGUUGCCAUCAUUGGAGAUCACAAGCAAUUACCUCCAGUCAUUACCAGUGAUGCUGCCAAGUUUGGCGGUCUAUCCAUGUCGUUGUUCGAGCGACUGGUUCACGAGCAAUACUUGAAAGACUCUACGGUCAUGCUUGAUACUCAAUAUCGAAUGCAUCCUUCGAUCGCUGCGUUUGCCUCCAAGCAGUUCUACAACAGCGAGCUGAAAAAUGGAACGACAAGUGUCAUCACCGGCAAGCCGCUGAAGAAAUUUGAUCCGCCAGUCUCCAAGUAUCUGACCACUACAUCCGGCGAGAAACGCAAUGUCAUGUUCGUGGAUCAUGACAGCGUUGAAAUGUCAUCGGACGACAAGAGUACUGUCAAUUACGGAGAAGCUCAGCAAGGACAUUGGUAUCAUCGCGCCGUAUGCGGGUCAAAUUCGACUACUCACUGCCUAUCUUCACGGGGAUAGCGAUACGCUCAGAGGCAUGCGCGAGACUCUGGGCAGAGAGAGGGCACAGGAAAUAUCGAAUAUUGAAAUUAAGACUGUGGAUGGUUUCGAGGGUCGUGAGAAGGAAGUCAUCAUUUUCAGUACGACUCGAUCGAAUGAAGGAGGCUUCAUUGGGUUCUUGGCAGAUUGGAGACGGCUGAAUGUGGGAAUCACUAGGGCGAAACGUGGUCUGGUGAUACUUGGGAAUGCGAAGACGCUGCGGCGAGCUAAAAUAGGAUACAGGGCGGCGGAUCAUCUUCCUGCGGGCGGUACAGACACUUGGA